AUGGGGCAAACUUCAGCAGAAGGUAAUCUCGACGAGCCAACAUUAGCUCUCCUCAUCGAGAUGAUUGACGAGAAUAAUUGUCUAGCUAAGAUAUUUCGUCGUGCACGAGACCACUACGAAAACGUCGGGUCAGAGUUUUCUAUUAGGUUAGUCCCAGAUAAAGGGAAGGGGAAAGAAUACGAUCUUCCAAGUACAAGCGAGGUGGCAGAUCUUAUCGUGGGGGAUAUAACAUCAACAAUUGGAGAACGAGAUAUAGUGGUCCAGUUUCGAUCUGACACUUUGCAGCAGAUACGUGACGAUCACCCUCAAUAUAUGAGCCUCCAAUACCCUCUUUUGUUUCCGUAUGGUGAAUAUGGGUUUCACCCAGAAAUUCCCCUGCAUCUUGAGACAGGUACUUCAAAAACGAGGCAAUUCGUGACCAUCCGUCAAUACUACGCUUCUCUAAUCCAAACACGUCCUACCCAAGGAAUGACGUUGAUUAAAGGCGGUCGCCUCCUCCAUCAAUUUAUUGUGGACGUUUAUACAGCAAUUGAAGAAGAUCGACUGAGGUGGGCGAGAAAUAACCAAGAGAUCUUGCGGGCUGAGCUCUACAGCAAUGUCCUUGAUGCUGUAAGCAAAGGUGACACUGAUGCUAAAAUUAUUGGGCAGAGAUUUAUAUUGCCGCCAAGUUUCACCGGAGGCCCCCGGUACUUAGUUGAGAAAUACCACGAUGCUAUGGCUAUUUGCAGGGAAUUUGGCAAUCUAGAUUUGUUUAUCACGAUGACGACCAAUCCCAACUGGAGCGAGAUUAAAGAACAUCUUCAGAAAUACGGUGGUGAUUCUCCUAAUGAUAGACCAGACAUUGAAUGUCGGGUUUUUAAGUUGAAGCUAGACCAACUGCUAAAGGAUUUCAAAGCAGGAACUUUCUUCAAGCCAUACAAGGCAGCUCUCCACCGAAACUCUACCAGAACACCGAGUGCAGAAGAAGUGGAUGAAAUAAUUUCUGCUGAGCUCCCCAACAAAGAGGAAGACCCAACUGCUUACGACUUAGUCACGAAACAUAUGAUCCACGGUCCAUGUGGGCUCUUCAAUCCGAAGUCACCAUGUAUGGAAAACAACGUGUGCACGAAAAAGUAUCCUCAGCCGAAUAACGACAACACUUCGAUUGACAAAUCCGGGUAUGUGUUAUAUCGUCGACGCCGAAACGAUGAUACGUGUACAGUAAAGGCUGGAGCUGUACUAGAUAACACUUUUGUCGUACCUCAUAACAUUAAGCUUCUGAAGAAGUACGAAGCUCAUAUCAACGUUGAAUGGUGUAAUCGUACAAGCGCGGUGAAAUACUUAUUCAAGUACAUAACAAAGGGCGUUGAUCGAGCAACCGCUAUUAUCGAGAAAGGAAAUACAGCAACUACAUCUGACGCCACGGGAUCCGGAGGAUCAAAGGAGAAAGUCGUCAGCCAGCGCAAUGAGAUCCAAGACUACAUCGAAGCCCGAUAUUUAUCAGCUUGUGAGUCUAUGUGGCGGACUUUCGCAUUCCACAUACACAAAAGAAAGCCAUCAGUUGAGAAGCUUAUCAUUCACUUAGAAGGCGAACAUAAUAUUACAGUUAAAUCAACAGACAACCUCGACCGUGUAAUCCGCAAACCGGGUAUCGAGAAGACGAUGUUCACGGAAUGGAUGGUUUUAUGCAGAAGGUCAGCGUUUGCCCGGACACUGACAUAUGUGCAGAUUCCUCAAUAUUUUGUCUGGAACAACAGUGCUAAGGUGUGGACUGAACGUAAGAAAGGAAAAUCCAUUGGCCGAGUCGUAGCUGUCCAUCCUUCAGCAGGUGAUCGAUACUAUCUGAGGGUCCUCAUUAAUAAGAUUAAGGGUCCUAAAAGUUACGACGAGCUAAAAACAUACAACAACGUGAAACACCCUGACUUCAAAUCAGUUUGCCACGCACGAGGCCUUUUGGACGAUGAUGUUGAAUGGCUCGAGAGUAUGUCAGAGGGUGCUCGAACAGCCACUCCAUACCAGCUUCGUGAUAUGUUCGUCACAUUCCUAAUCAAUUGCUUCGUCGCAAGCCCUAAAGGACUAUGGGAACACUCAUGGAAAUCAAUGAGCGAGGACAUACUUCACAAGAGGCAAAGGAUCUUGGGUCACGCAAAUCUGGAGCUGGACGAUAAGACCCUGGAGCAAUACACAUUGAUAGAAGUAGAAAAGUUGAUGCGCAUGCAAGAUCGCUCUUUAAAUGAUAUUAAAGAUAUGCCGAAGAUCAACCCUGUUUUGCUCAAAGAAUUGGGGAACAGUCUGUGGAACCAAGAAAUGGAUUACGAUCUUGCUGAGGAAACACUAAGACAUGACAAGCAGUACAACCUACUCAAUGCUGAACAGCUUGCAAUCUAUGGUUCAGUCUUAGACUCUGUUGAUAAAAAAGAGGGAAAAAUUUUCUUCGUAUAUGGCGCAGGAGGCACAGGAAAAACAUUCCUUUACCAGACUAUCAUAUCCAGACUCCGCUCAAGAAAACAAAUUGUUCUACCGGUUGCUUCUUCGGGAAUAGCCACAUUGCUUCUACCAAACGGGAGAACAGCUCACUCUUGCUUCAAUAUUCCGUUGAAGCUCGAGGAAGAUAAGCUCUGCAACAUCAAACCAGGUACAAUGCUGGCUGAACUAAUUGAGGAAACGGACCUCAUAAUUUGGGAUGAGGCACCUAUGACACACAAACAUGCUUUCGAAGCAUUAGACAAGUCGUUGAAGGACAUAAUGUCUAUGAAAAACCCACCCGCAAAGAAUCAGCCUUUUGGCGGCAAGACAGUUAUGUUAGGCGGUGAUUUCAGACAGACCCUACCGGUCAUUCCACAAGGUAGUAGAGCUGAUAGUGUAUUAGCUUCGAUAAGCCAUUCAUAUCUAUGGAAUAGCUGCCACAAGUUCUCUUUGAAAACAAAUAUGCUAGUCAAUCAGGAUGAGAAAGAGUUUUCUGAAUGGCUUCUCAAAGUCGGGUAA